CGCCCAGACCCUAAUAGCGAGAUCUUGUCAGCCGUGCGGUGGCUGAACAGCUACCGGCCGAUAACAUAGAACAAAAUGAGUCAGAAUUAGCAGGAUUUCCCCACUUUACCCUCUGGUGACAACCAGGAAAGGGUGGAAAAGAUGGCCAUGGAGCUUCGGCUGAAGAGCCCGGCAGGGGCCGAGCCUGCGAUCUACCACUGGCCGCUGCAGUCGGACAACAACAGGGACGAGGCGCUGGAAAUCAUCGAGACGAUCAGAUGGGUGUGCGAGGACUUUCCCGAGCUGAAGCUCGCGAUGGAGAACAACGUGCUUCUGGACUACGACACCAAGAGUUACGAGAGCAUGAAGACCAUCUGUGACAAGUACAACCGUGCCAUUGACGCCACACUGCAGCUGUGUUUCCGUGGUAACCAGGUGCGUGGCACCACGCGGCCGGCGCAGCUGCAGACACGCCCGUCCCGCGGCCUGCUGCGACACAUCCUCACACAGGUCUACAACCACUCCAUCGACAACCCCGACAAGCUCAACAACUACGAGCCCUUUUCUCCUGAGGUGUAUGGAGAGACUUCGUUUGACCUGAUUGCUCAGAUGACAGAUGAGAUCACGAUCACAGAGGAUGACACUUUCAUGGACCUGGGCAGUGGUGUUGGACAGGUGGUUCUGCAGGUGGCAGCGUCCACGCCAUGUCGGUUCUGUUACGGUGUGGAGAAGUCUGACGUCCCUGCCAUAUACUCUCAGAGAAUGGAUGUGAAUUUCAAGAAGUGGAUGAAGUGGUAUGGAAAGACCUAUGGGGAAUACAAGUUGGAGAAGGGGGAUUUCCUGACUCCAACAUUCAAAGAUAAAAUUGCCAAUACUAGUAUUGUGUUUGUGAACAACUUUGCCUUUGGCCCCGCUGUGGACCACCAACUCAAGGAAAGAUUCGCAAACAUGAAAGAAGGUGCUAAAGUCGUCUCUUCCAAAGCUUUCUGUCCUCUCAACUUUCGUAUCACAGACAGAAACCUCAAUGAUAUAGGUACGAUCAUGCGGGUGUCGGAGUUGUCUCCGCUGCGCGGGUCUGUUUCGUGGACCGGCAAGCCCGUGUCGUACUACCUCCACGUGAUCGACAGAACAAUCUUGGAAGACUACUUCAGUAGUAAAAUUCAUAAUAAUUCUCAGGGGCUCGAACGUGGGCGGAACGGGAACGGGCGCUCCAAUAGCAGUGGGAGCAGCAGCAGCUCACCGACGCGCCGCGAGGACUUCCGCGCCGCCAAGAACAUCAGCUUCGACAAGGAGAACGAGGAGAACAUCUAUGGCGCCACGACGCGACGACAGUGGCAGGAGUGGAUCGCUGGGAAGAAACCGGAGCCGAUGGGCAAGAAUCCUCACGAAAGGAUGGAGGUUCCCACCUGGGGUUUUCACAACUACACCCGAGCUGUGAUGGGGCCGGCUAUGUGGGGGUCAGUGGGCAUGCCGGCAGAACGGAGACCACCUUCACCUCCGGAAGACGAGGGCGAUAGGAAGAAGGCGAGCAAGAAGAAGCAGCGGCAGGCCGCGAAACGUGGGCCGGGGCGUCCGAAGAAAUCUGACGAGGCCGAGGACUCGACCGAACCGCCCAACAAGUCACGACGGAGACAAAAGAUCGCCAAAUGCAAAACAGACGCGCUGGACCUGCUACACGCUCAAACGGUGUCUAACAGCACGUCUCCACAAGGCUCUCAGCACGACCGCGGGCCGACCAGCCCAUACGAUCGUACGGUUGCCUUCACGCUGCCGCCACACCCUUACCGUCUCCAGCAACAGCCAAUGGUGGAGCAGGCGUUCCCUGCAUUGCAACGUUUGCUAGAAACAUUCAAGAUGCAGUACCUCCAGUUCCUAGCGUACAUGCGGACGCCUGACUACAAGCAGCAACUACAGCAAGAAAUACAGCAGGAAAAGGCGCGACAGGAACAGCUGACCGCCAAGGCUGGACAGCUGAGUCAGCAGAUUGAACAGCUGCUGGGGGAAGGCAAGAAGCUGCUGUCCACCAGACUACAGGAGCUGGGCAUCAAGUCAGCAGCUGACAUCCUGACGCUGUCCCAGAAGGAGGUUGUGCGGAACAGGGAGCUGCACCAGAAGGCACAGCAGCUGCAGCAGGACAUCGACAAACUGGAGGCAGACAACAACAAAAAGGACCCGAAUGGUGUGACCCGUGAGGCGGUGAUGCAGGAGAUCAUGGCGGCCAUGGCGGAGCGGAAACGUCUGAAGAAGCUCACCAACCAGCUGGAGACAGAGGUCGCGACCUUGCAGAAGGGCGGGUCAGAGAAGGACUCAGCAGAGCAUGCUGGGAAGGGUCAGGAGGAGACUGCAGAUGGGGAGCAGGACAUCAAGAGACUGACCAAUGAUGUGUCAACCACUGCAUCUGUUGCUAUGGCAACUUCUAAGCCGACUUCUCCCAUGACAGGAGGUUUGGAGAGCCCGAGCCCUGAGCGGAGUGGAGGGGUGGUGGGGAAGCAACUGUCACCUCACCCUGCCAGACAGGGCAGCCCCCUGCCUGACUACAGACGCUACUCCCCCGCCAAGCUCGCUCUCAGGAAACACUUCUCUCAGGAACCACGGUUAGCUGGCUGUGUGGACUUGCUGGGCCCAGCUCUGCAGAGGGAACCCAAGGAAGGCGACCGGCCCUCCCCUCCCUCCCAGGGCCCAGGGGACGCCGCCAAACAACCCGUGGAGGGCGCCGCGUCCUACAUGGGCGGCCGCAUCUCCCCUGUCAGUCCCGUCAGCCCUCCCGUCACGGGCUUCAGCUUGCCAAUCAGCAUCCCUUUAGAGAGCGUCGACCCCCCGAAACUGCCGGUGAGCAUUCCCCUGGCAAGCCUGGACACUGCAGAGAAGGAAGGUGCCAUUCCAAAAGAGGUAGGGCAGCAGGAGAGUAAGUCCCCCAAAGGGAAGGCCAGAGGAAGGAAGAGCUCCAGCCCCUUCCCCAGUGUUGAGGCAGGGACCGUUUCUGACGGCCAGGGAGUGUUGGGGGUAGACCGUCCUCACAGUAACAGUAGUGUGAGUUCAUCGCGCAGCUAUCCGAGAAACACCCCCAGCCCCCGCAGUGGGACGUCCCCGUUCACCAUCGACAAGCUGGUCUCCAGGGAACGGUCACCUAGCACCAGCCAAUCAGCUGCUCAGUUUGUGAGGUCCGAUGGUGCUCCCACAAGCGUCCUCCCUAACGCCAUGGGGUUUGGGAACCUGCAGUACGCUGUCAAAAUGGUAGGGGGCGCAGGUGGACAAGGGUUGGUGAAUCCAAUGAUGUAUUCCAGUCUGGAACAAGCCAAGAGACCCCUCUUCAAUGGCACGUCCGGGGAUGUCGGUCCUCAGAUUUUCUGUGGCGUGAACGCUCCGAACAAUCCCAGUGUCCUUGUCAGCACCACGUGUGUCACGGCCUCCAAGCCAGUAGAAACGGACGCAACAACGACAACGCCACCAGAAACCAAGGUGAAGAGGAAGAGAAAACGGCAGAGGUCCCCCGCAGCGCAGGACGGCGGAAGUAAGAAGCCGGCAGUGUCCGCCGCUCCUCCUGUACUCAGCUCGCCUACCUCAACAGCCAGUCAGAAAAAUAAGGUUGCCGAGGAAAAUGCUGAACCCCGGGAAGGUGCUAGCAGUGAGGGUAAAAAUGAAGACCUGCCUAUGACCAUCGCCAAUAUCGUCACCAACAUCAACCAACCGCUGGAGAUCACAGCCAUCUCGUCCCCUGAGUCGGCGCGGGAUUCCCCGGUCGCGGAGGUGACCUCCCGGACAGCGCCUGGACAAACCGUCAUCAGCAGCCUGGCUAAAGUGCAGGCACAAGAGAAGGGUGCAGUAGACAGUCCGGAAGACAAGUCGAGUUCCGGUGGUGUAGAAAAGACCAAACGACCCCUGACCCCAGGGAAGAAGCCCCCGUCACUGCCCAAGGAAUCUGCGAUGGUUGUGGCUGAAAACGACGACCAAUCGAAGCACACCAUCUCCCCGAACACCAAGAAGUGGCAGGCGCAGCUGAGCAGUGGUUUCGACGCGCUCAUGGCAUUCGCGUCAUCAGAGCUGGACCGCAGUCGUCGGAAGAGUUCGGAACACGAGAAGGAGCAGCAGGAUAGCCAGGACUUCGACCUACGAGAAAUGGUUUCCUCCCCGGACGUAUCUGACAAUGAGGAUGCCUCCGCAAGUAAGAAGAAGGAGUCAGACGCCCCCCAGGAGAACAAAGAGGACCAGACUGCACCAGGCAAGGCUGGGGGCAAUGACCUACAGGGCACUGACCCACAGGUCAAGACGGAGGAAGUGGACUUCAAGUCGGAGACGGACACAGCGGAGGAGGACGUGCCCGAGGACGGUAUGUCCACAAACUACCCCCCUGAGGAGUGGAGCCAGGGGGGGCACCAGUACAGGUGGCGGGACGGUAGGGAGCUGGCGUUUAAGGUGGAAGACCGUCCCGAGCGUGGGAUGAAGCUGGAAGGGUACAUGUGGGGUGAGCGGGGGGGUGCAGGGACGUCCCGGGACGGCGGUCACGGUGGGGGCGGCAGCGGUGGUGGGUUUAGCGGAGGUGCAGGUGGAGGGCAGAACUUCCCGUCCAACAACAGAUUCCAGCGUGGGUUCAGACACCCGUCUGGGGACAAAGGUCGUAAGUUCCAGCAGGGGAAGCGACCGUGGCAGAACCGGGAGCGCCGCGGGCCCGCACACGAGGGGAAGUUUGGGAAAAUCAAGAAGUUCAAACAGAAGAAGCCGUGGCAGAAGGGGGAGAAGUCCUUCCAACAGGACAACAACAGUCCCAGCCCCGGCUUCAUGCAGAAACAGCCACCCAUGUCUGUACCCGCCGGCAGCUCCAUGUACCCCAACCUGCCCCACCCAGGGGCGUUCGGGACGGCCGGGUACCCACCCCUGGGGGCGCUGGCGACCGCUGGCGGGAUGAGACCGUACCAGACGGACAGCGCCGAGCUCGCCAAGCCUGGGUUCCAGCCUCACUUCCACACCUCCUUCCCCCCUCCCUCCUCCUCAACAUCAUCACCGGCCUUCUACAACGCCAACCUGGGGAAGAACUUCUACUCCGUCCCCCCUCCCUCCAUCGCCCUCCCC